AUGCCGCCGGACAGCUCCCCAGGGCCGCUGGGCGAUGUUCGCGCGGCGGAGACACGCCCGCGCCGGGACUUCCCCGUGAUCGGCACGCAAGAUGUGGUAUAUCGAUGUUUGUUGACCGCGGCCGGGUCAGGAAACCAGCCGGCCGGCCAUCGCCUGCUGAAUCUGACCGAUUACCGGCGCGCGCCGAGAGGCACGCUUCCUGCCAGUGCCGACCAGCGCCCCCGACCGCCGCCGACGGCGGCGGCAGCCGAGCCGGAUCAGCCGUCGGGGUACGGCUCCGGCCGCGGCAGCACGCCGCCGCCACGGCCCGCGUGCUCGGGCCGACCACCGCCGCUGCCGAAAUGGAGCCAACUAGAGCAGCUUGCUGGCGGCACCGACCCCGGAGCAGGCGUCGGCCACCGAUCGGGCGGCGCGCCGGCCCAGCGACCUCAGAUAACGGGCACACCUCCGGCUGCACGCGUGACGCGACACGCGCACGUGGCGCCGACAUGA